AUGGACAAUUGCUUUGAGGCCUAUUAUAAAAAGGGCAAUAUAAUACUUCCUCUAAUCCGCAAGCCUCCUCUAUACCUCUCUUACCUCUUUAUAGGCAAUAAUCCGCUCUACCAGGCCUUCCGGGCAAAUAUCCGGAUAUAUAAUUAUACUUUUGCUUUUAUAUUAGUUAAGUAUAAAAAGGAUAUACGAAUUAACUUCUCCUAUAGGAUCUAG